AUGACAAAGCUGGAUGAAGAGAGACCUGCGUCCUUCUGUGUGAGUGCGCCAGGUAAGGUUAUUAUUUAUGGAGAACAUGCGGCAGUAUUCGGUAAGCCAGCUAUUGCUGCUGCCCUUAGUUUAAGAGCUUAUUUACAAGUGACACCGAACGACGACCCUAAUACCAUCACGUUAGAUUUCCCUGAUAUUGGAUUAUCUCAAUCGUGGAAUCGCCAUGAUCUCCCAUGGGAAGAUAUAAAAGGGUAUAUUCAACGUUCAUCUUCAGAUCUGAAACCUUUAGUAACUCCAGAAUUAAUACCUGAAAUAACAGACUUGUUGAGCGAUGCAUUGGAUGAUAUCGAUAAUAGAAUGCAUUAUGUGCUGUGUCAUUGUUUCUUGUACUUGUAUGUACAUUUAUGUUCUCACGAUACUUUAGGGAUGCAUUUCACGGCCCGUUCUACUUUACCCAUAGGAGCUGGGUUAGGCUCUUCAGCUUCUACAGCAGUAUGCUUAGCUGCUAGUAUGGCAUAUCUUGGAGGCCACGUAGAAAGGCCGGUGACCGGUCUUAAUGAACGUGUCAGAUCCCCUCAUAAUAAACAUCAUGCUAUAAUCUCUCCAGCUGACUUUAUUGAUGAAUGGUCCUUUGUUGGAGAGAAAUGUUUCCAUGGGAACCCUAGUGGUAUUGAUAAUGCAGUAGCCACUCAUGGUGGGGCGGUGAUGUUUCAGCGAACCGUUUCUAGUAUAAACCCCAAUGUUCGUACCAAUAUGAGAAACUUCCCACCGAUUAAAUUGCUUCUAACCAACACCAAAGUUCCUCGUUCAACUGCUGAGUUGGUUGGAGGUGUUGGGAAGAUGAAUAUUGAGUUCCCGCAAGUAUCACAGGCCAUUUUGGAUGCUAUUGGUCAUUUAUCCAACGAAGCGUAUCAACUCAUGAUAAGACCAGGGUUUGCUGAAGAAGAGCUUUUAAUCUUACAAAAGUUAGUUAAUAUCAACCAUGGGUUGCUUGUAUCAAUGGGUGUAUCUCAUCCCACUUUGGAACAGAUCAAAGUUAUCACCGAUACCAAUAAAAUAGGGGCCACCAAAUUAACUGGUGCCGGAGGUGGAGGUUGUGCCAUUACGUUAAUUGGAAGUGACGUAUCAGAAGAGAAGAUCCAGGCCACAAUAAAGCAAUUUGAGGUUCACGGAUUCGAAACGUUUGAAACUUCUUUGGGUGGUAAAGGCGUAGGUUUAUUACAUGAAAGUGAUGUUUCAUUGGAAACCAGAGAUAGAGUGUUUUCUCCGGAGGUGUUCCAAAGUCUCGGUAGUAGAAAGGAGAUCGAGAACUUGGCUGGCGUAGAUCAACAAGUAUGGAAGUUCUGGUAA